AUGGCUUAUAAAGUUGAUCAUGAAUAUGAUUAUCUAUUCAAGAUUGUUUUAAUUGGGGAUUCAGGGGUCGGUAAAUCCAAUAUUUUGACAAGGUUUACCAGAAAUGAAUUUUGCUUGGAAUCCAAGUCCACAAUUGGUGUUGAAUUUGCUACGAGAACAUUAGAGGUAGAAGGAAAAAGGGUAAAAGCCCAAAUAUGGGACACAGCAGGACAAGAAAGAUACAGAGCCAUAACAAGUGCAUAUUACAGAGGAGCCGUAGGAGCCCUAUUAGUGUACGACAUCACCAAGAAGCAAAGCUUUGACAACGUGGUCCGAUGGCUCCGCGAGCUGAGGGACCAUGCGGACGCCAACAUUGUUCUCAUGUUAGUUGGAAAUAAGUCGGAUCUUCGGCAUCUCAGAGCCAUUCCUGAGUAUGAUGGUCAACUUUUUGCUGAGACUGAAGGACUUGUUUUUCUAGAAACUUCUGCUUUUGAUUCUACUAAUGUUGAUAACGCUUUUCAAAGGAUUCUUGUAGAUAUUUACCAAGUUAUUAGGAAGAAAGCUUUGGCUGCUCAAGUACAACCUGCUGUUGUGCCUCCUGGAACUGCUAUUCAUCUUGGGAAUAACCAAAAUAAUAAUAAUAAUGUUAAUAAUAAUCUUGACAAAAACACCUGCUGCUCUAACUGA